GCAUGUUGCACACGUCGGAAAGCCCACUCGAGAUAAAUCUCCGACAAAGACCCCGCUGGAUGCGAGCGAACCUUCCAGCGAUCAACAGAUCGACAACUCCGCCGUCCGCGCCUCCUGCGGAGAGGAAACCGACGAGACGACACCGGAGCCGACUGGCACAUGUGAGCGGUAUCUGUACCCGAUGCUAGAGCUAGUCGCGGAGACAUGGACGGACUGGCUCCCGAGACGUGGUGGUAAUUAGCCGAUGCAAAUGCAUUUGGCGGCGGCGUACCUUCAGCCCCUGCCAAAAUGACCAGACUGUUGUUUAGCAUCGCCGUAACAGAAUGGGCCCGCGGGAAUUUUGGCACCGGUUUUACGCAGCGGACCACAUAGUUUAGACGACGUGCCUCGACGGAAGACACGACGGUGAGGCUGCUAUGGACAAAGAAUGCUCACGCGUGUCGUAGUAACGAUAUGAGAUAAAAACAAAACAAAACAAAAAACCCAAAAGGCAUCUGCGAAAGACCGUGCUGGUUCCUCCCGAGAAGAGGAGCAGAUCAUCAACGGCGGGGUUCAAGUUUGGACCUCAUUACGUCCAGAACGACCUUCCCCUCCCCUCAAAAAAGGAUCAUCUUACAUAUUAGAACAUCUUCACAGACUCGCAUAGCGAGUCUGUGAACAGUUGAGAGAGGGACACUGUCUGCCCCACUGUCCAGCGACAUAAUGAGCUGGAGCUUCCUCACGCGGCUGCUGGAGGAGAUCCACAACCACUCCACCUUCGUGGGGAAGCUGUGGCUCACCGUGCUCAUCGUCUUCCGCAUCGUUCUCACUGCUGUUGGCGGAGAGUCGAUCUACUACGACGAGCAGAGCAAGUUCGUCUGCAACUCGGGCCAGCCGGGCUGCGAGAAUGUCUGCUACGACGGCUUUGCGCCUCUAUCACACGUUCGCUUUUGGGUCUUCCAGAUCAUCUUAGUGGCGAUGCCUUCCCUCAUGUACAUGGGCUACGCUGUCAACAAGAUCGCACGAAUAGAUGAAGCCAAAGGAGGGGGUGGAUCUUCCGCCGUUAGAACAGGAGGUGGAGGAGGCUACACGCACAGGAAGCCCAGGAAAAUCUGCUUUGGAGCGCGGCAGCACCGGGGCAUUGAGGAGACUGAGGACGACCAAGAGGAUGACCCUAUGAUCUAUGAAGUGCCAGAAAUCGAGCCCCCAAAAAGGCCGCGGGAUCCGUUGCAACCCGCACCCAGACCCAAAAUCAGGCAUGACGGGCGCAAGCGCAUCAGGGACGAGGGGCUGAUGAGGGUCUACGUUUUGCAACUGGUGACCCGCACGCUGCUUGAAGCAGGCUUCCUUGCAGGCCAGUAUUUGCUGUAUGGGUUUCGUGUGAUGCCCGUUUUUGUGUGCUCGAGGAAACCUUGUCCCCACAGCGUCGACUGCUUUGUGUCGCGUCCCACGGAGAAGACCAUCUUCCUGCGCAUCAUGUAUGGGGUCACCGUCCUUUGCCUCACGCUCAACGUUUGGGAGAUGCUCCACCUGGGUAUCGGCACCAUUUGUGACAUUCUGCGCCGCCGCCGCCGCCCACCUCAGGAAGAUGAGUACCAGUUGGGAUUGCUGGGCGCCAGUGGAGGUGUGGAGGGGUCUGUAGGGGGGGCAGGGCCUGAGGCAGGCUCCGAGGGAGGGGUGGGUGGAGAUGGAGCAGCGGACUAUGUCGGUUACCCCUUCUCAUGGAACACCCCGUCUGCUCCACCUGGCUACAACAUUGUGGUAAAGCCGGAGCAGAUGCCGUACACAGACCUUAGCAACGCAAAGAUGGCGUGCAAGCAGAACCGAGAAAACAUUGCCCAAGAGGAGCAGCAGCAAUUUGGUAGCAAUGAGGAUAACUUCCCCACCGGUGGGGAGGCCCGGGUAGCUUUGAACAAAGACAUGAUCCAGCAAGCUCACGAGCAGCUGGAGGCGGCCAUCCAGGCCUACAGUCAGCAACACCGAGCCGAGGAACAGCUCGGGGACAACCGGGACGACAAGCCCCAAAGCAACAUCGUCCAGGCCCAACCUCAGCCACAGCCUCAGAAAGAGCGCAAGCAUAGAUUCAAACACGGUAAAGGAGGCAGCAGUGGAGGAGGCAGUAGCAGCAACAGCAGCAGCAGUAAGUCAGGAGAGGGUAAGCCCUCCGUGUGGAUUUAACUCCAGAAACAGUGGCAUGCAUUGAAACCAUCUAUACAUUGCAGACUGAAAGACGAGGGGUAUGCGAUCUUCCUUGGAUAUUUAAAUACCGUUAUGCCUUAAAGAAUCUUGCAAGCUGGAGAAGAUGUGUUUUUGUGUACCACGGUGUGUAAAAACAGAUAUCGCAGCUGACAAGUAGUUGUCUGGGCUUUCACUGUUUAACUUGAAACAUCACACCUACACAAACUGUAAGCUACAGUCUGUCGUUUAGUUGUCUCGUUCUCCUCAUGUCCUGGAGCAGGUUGUUGACCUCUGUUGUCUUCUCGUUCAUCCUCUCUUAGGGAUUUGAACUUUGAAAAAAUUACUGAACAAUAAUGAGUUCCGUUGCUAAUCCGAUUGAUCCCAGAUUUGGCUUAACUCAUUUUCUGGCCGCUCCUCCGCAUAGACGCCGUCUCUUCGUUAACACAUUUGCAUCCCAAAUCUUCGGACAUCAAAAUGAAGUAUCGUCAUAAUUGGAAGGCAAAGGGAUGCCAUGACAUCCGUACGUUCUAGAGAACUAAAGCUUUGACUCCAUACUGUAAUGGUGUUCUCAACGCCAAAAACAAUGUACACGCAAACAAAAUGAAACAUCAUUCAGCAUCAGGGCCUUGGGGGGUGACUUUACAUGUAGGAUACAAUGAGAUCAUCACCUCCCUAAAGGCCGUGUCCUGUCACUGAUGUUCUCUGUCUGCUUUCUCUCCAAUGUAGAGUUUCCAAUGUUAUGUUGUUGUGACUUGACAUUUGACAGUGUGUUUGAAGUAUCCUGCGUUUUUCCUGUUUUUCUUUUGACUGUGUUACAACAACUGGUUCUCAGAAACCGAUUGGUACAGCAGGUGGCUAUUUCACCCUGUACAUCUGAAAUGUCUUGAGAAAAAAAGUGUUCUUUUUAAAAAGGUGCAUAAGCAAUCCAGUUUUUAUACCUUACUCUUAAACUUUUCAGUUUCUUGCUCUGGCUCUUCACAGCUAUUGACCAAGGUUGCUCUGCGAUCCACUGAUUUCCCGUCUGCCUUGUAGUUGACUGCCCCCUAGUGGUAACUUCUUAGACAAUGGGGCCUCCUUCGUUGGGUAGUAGACGCCAUAUGAAAACGCUUCCUGGAUCCAGCAAGAACUUAACCAGCUUUAGUGUUCCCUUUUUUUAUUGACUAACCUGUGUCAGUCUUCUUAGUGCAGCAACUUCACCGUUUGAUGCUGCAAUAUAACCAUGUCGUAAUGGAGAAGAUUUGAAGCCAUUACUAUACUUUGUGAGACCAAACACUGUUUGUGUGAUGCAAGUGUCAGUGCCAAGAUUUUAUGCCAGGCUGCCCUGGAACCUGGUGGUUUGUGGCCAUUCUACUCCAAAUGUGGAAAAAUGCCAACCAACCAUUUUGUAAUUAGUUUUUUUUGUAUUACAGUAAGUGUUUUGGAACAUGAUUCAAAAUGGCAAACUCCAAAAUGGAGUCAAUUUCUCUGUUCGAGCCAGUUUUUAUGAUAAAACAAUUUUUUUAAAGAACCUUUUUUGUAAAAUAAAGAAAAAGAGAUUUUUUAUAAAUGAUUUGGUGUAUGAAUAUGUAUGGUUAUUGUGUUUUAAAUUGCCUUCCAGUUGUAAAAAAUGUGAAAUAUGACAUAGUAUAUUUUUGUAACAUGUCGGCUAUGGUGACUUAUUUAAUAAUUAAGAAAUGAAAAAAAGCCAGACUUUUCCCUGUGUGUUAGAGUGUUGGUAUCUAAUCUAUGUGGCAAAUCUCUGACCAUGUUUUUUUUAAGUGUUACUGCUUUUUCAACAUUGUUCUGAGAUCUGCUGAACAGCCAUUUGUGCACGGCCACAAACAAGAGGACAUGAAGUGCCAAAUUAUUCAAACCAUUCCAAGCUUUGCCCACAGUGGCUUUCACGGACAAAAUUAAGAGGGGGAGCAAAUCCUAAAUCCAGGACUAAUGUUGUCUUUUCCGGCAAACAGUGAACUCACUGGACCGUCGUUCAUGUGCGGCUGGACUCGUGGCUUCUGUCACACAAACACCGUGAAGAACACAACAGGCUGCUUGAGCAGAAAGAGUCCAUCAGAGUGGGCCCUGACCAACAAGCCCGGCUUCCAGCAUACGGUCAUACAUCACCAGAAGUACUUCAGCAGCGAUCGACACUGUCCCCACCGACGCCACUCUCUCUCUCUCCCAAUGAGCCGCGGGUGAUUCCCUGAGAGUUUCCCAGUCAGUGACAGUGCCCUCCCCUGGAGGCCUAUCAGACCUAUUUAUAUUCUUCACAAAGCUUCUCAACUAAGUUAUGUACUGCGUUUGACAUGCACACAAACUCAAGAACAACGGAGGACAGGCAGCUGCUGGUGCUUUGCAGUCAGAGCCGGCAGGAGCCAGUAAAGGGCCCCUUACUGUCAGAGGAGGGAGCCCCUAGAGAGGGAGGAUGGGGAAUUUUGCGGAGGUGCCAUAAGCUGAUAUGCUUCUGCAUCACUGGCAGCUCGGCCUCACAUCUUGAAGAACUAUCGUAGUUUAUGUGAUUCUUUUUUUAUUUGCUGACUGAGAAAGUAAGAGAAUAUGGUAGAAAGAAAGAAGUGUACCCGUUGAACCGAAAUGGCUCUUACAAAUAAUGUAUUAGAAUUUAUUCCUUUCUGCAUAUUGUUACUGUGCUUUGGAAGCCGUGCGUCUCCAACAUGCCACCAACAAACACUGAAAUCAAACACAGUUGAAAGUGCCCUGUCUGAAUUAUAUUGAGGCGCCAAUAUGUGUUUGGACCGCUGUGCAGCAAUAUGUUUAUGUCGGUAUAUUUUGGGAAUGUUCAUUCUUUGUGAAAGUAGCAUUGAUUCGCUUUUUAAGCCAAAAUAUGUUGCUUACAUGAAUAAUUGCAUAAGUCAAACAUUUGCAUGGUAGUAGAAAAAAAAUAUAUUAAUGACACGGCAUUAAAUUAUGAAACAGUUUGACAUGUUUUGCUCUACAUUCACAAUAUGCAUUUGCAUACCUUUAAAGACACAUGUUGGAACUUACAGCCAUUUAAUUAUGCUUGAUACUUGGCAGCUGAAUGAAUAAGAAGUGAAAGCCCGUUACAAAGCGGUUGUAUCAGAAGUCUUUUGUGGGUCUAUUUAUCAGGGAUACCACAAUGUUCACCCUCAGCAUCUGUCUGUCAAUGUAAAAAAGAAUGUCUUCAGAAGAAAGACUAGUGUUUCCCUACAUGUUUUUUAAUGGUCACCCAUCUGGGUGGGAAGUGGAAAUAAAACCAGUGGUUAUACCAUUAAAAAAAUCUGAUUCAUACAUGCAUAUGUGUAUUUGUGUGUUUUUCUAUGCCUUUUGAAAAAUGUGCAUUUCUUUAAAUGCCAAUCUGGUAUCCCAUGGCAAAGUCUUUUUCAUAUGAUUGGAUGAAACAAUGUGCAUGUGAAAAGACCUAUUUUCCAAAAAAAAUAAAAAAAUGCAAUGAAUUGCUUACUCAAUCAUGUUUUUGCAUCUUUUUUUUGGCCAAGCAGCUGAGAAGGAUAAAAAGGCUUCUGAGAUGUAGAGGUUGCGAUCUCUUCCGUGAGACAACUAAGCAUAAACGUGGAAGACGGCACGUGGCACGC